AUGCCCAUCACAAUCUUGCGUCCGCAGCCCGCGGCGCAACCACGGCCCUCGGCCGCCGCCGACUCAGAUUCAGACUCGUCCGACUCGGACGGCGGCGUCGACGUGCACGGCGACGUGCCCAUGCGCGCCGCCAAGCGCCAACGAACCGCCGCCAUACUCGACAACACCGCCGACGCCGAUGAGAUUCUCACGCCCGGCAGCAUCAUCACCUCCAACCCUCAGUGGAUGCGCGGCCACGGCACCUACGUGCCCCCUGGCUCCACGGCCAUCACCUCCUCCCUCGCCGGCACGCUCACCCGCACCAACAAGCUCCUCUCCGUGCGCCCCCUGCGCGCGCGCUACACCCCCGAGAUCGGCGACCUCGUCGUCGGUCGCGUCGUCGAGGUGCAGGCCCGCCGGUGGCGCGUCGACGUCGCCGCCGCCCAGCUCGCCAUCCUCCAAAUCUCCGCCAUCAACCUCCCCGGCGGCGUCCUCCGCAAGCGCACCGAGACCGACGAGCUGCAGAUCCGCACCUUCUUCGCCGAGGGCGACCUCGUCGUCGCCGAGGUCCAGCAGCUGCACGCCGACGGCGCCGCCAGCCUGCACACCCGCUCCCUCAAGUACGGCAAGCUCCGCAACGGCGUCUUCGCCAGCGUCUCCGGCGUCGGCGGCGGCGCCGGCGUCGUCCGCGCCAAGCGCCAGGCCUGGACCAUGGAGGCGGCCGCGGGCGCGGGCGCGGCGCACAAGAUUGACGUGCUGCUGGGGGUGAAUGGGUAUGUGUGGAUCAGCAGGCACGUGGAGAGCGAGGCGCCGGCGGAGGCGGCGGGGGUCAAUAGGAUGGAGGAGUCGGUGAGCAGUAGGGUGUACGCGAGCCAGAACGACGAGGUGGACGUGCCCACGAUGCGCGAGAUUGCGCGGGUGAGGAGCGUGGUGCUGGCGCUGGUGGAAGCCGGCCUGCGCGUCGACGAGGACACGGUUACGAGGGGUUACCACGAGGCGGUCGAGCUGGGCCGCGAGACGCCGGACGACGACCUUUAUCUGGGCGGCGAGAGGGGGCGGCGGUUUGCGGCCGUGAUGGCGGGUGUAUAG